AAUUAAAAUGAAAUGUUACUAAGUACGAAAAUUGCGUAGCAAUGUUCAAUGCUAUGAGAGCUGCAAGUCCUACUUUCUCACUUCCGCCGCGCAGAGGUAAAUGUUAGUUGCAAAAUCCCUACUGAAAUCAAGUUUGUUUCAAUUUAGUCAGCGACAUGAUUUCUUAAGCGAACCAAAUAUUAAGUUAGUUAUCAAGAGAAAUAUGAAGAUUACAAUAAGAAAUUUAUUUUGUCCAAGUGUAACCCAUCAAAUAUCGGAUUUAGAGGACCCAAAGACAACGUCAGUGCCUGAAAAUCCCCUCGAAAUAAAAGCGCACAAAGGAAGAUGGAUCAUUUUAACGAUUUUUAUAUCAUACGCCGCCGUAAAUUCGUACCAAUGGGUGGAAUAUUCAAUCAUCAACAAUAUAGUGACCAGAUAUUACAACGUAAGUGCUGUGACAGUUGACUGGACUUCAAUUAUUUACAUGGCUUUGUACGCACCUUUAGUAAUUCCAGCCUCUUACAUUUUGGACAAAAAGGGUUUACGUGCUGCUGGUUUAAUCGGUGGAUUAGGUACUGCCAUUGGUACUGGAAUUAAAGUAUUUUCCACGAGCCGAGAUUCGUUUUGGGUGGUACUGGUAGGACAAGGAAUUUGUUCUGCUUCUCAACUCCUGAUUUUAUGUUUACCACCAAGGAUAGCAGCUGUGUGGUUCAAGCACAAUGAAGUAUCAACUGCCUGUUCUUUGGGUGUGUUUGGAACACAGAUCGGGUGUGCUUUUGGAUUUCUGUUGUCACCUAUUAUUGUAAAAAAUCAUGACAACAUUGAAGACGUUGGGUACGAUUUUAAAGUACUUUGUUGGUCGCUCACUAUUUCUAUGAUAAUUCCAGCUCUUGCCGUUAUAUUCUAUUUUCCUCAACAACCACUUCAUCCACCAAGCAUCAACCAAGUUGAAGAGAGAAGUCGAACGGACAAAUUUUCAACAAAGGCUUUUUUUGAAUCCAUGUUGGUUUUAGCCAAGAAUGUACCUUUUCUUAUUCACGUUAUGGCUUAUGGUAUCAAUAUUGGUGUCUUUUCAGCCAUAGGAACUCUAUUGAAUCAGUUGAUACUUCUAUAUUUUAAACAUCUGCCUGAUGCAGAAGAAUUUGCUGGUAGGACAGGAUUAGUCAUGAUAGUUAUUGGGAUGGUGGGUUCUAUUGUCUUUGGAAUAUUUUUGGAUAAAACACACAAAUAUAAGGAAACAACACUCUUCACAUAUUUUAUGUCUUCAGCAAGCGUUGUUGCACUUAUGUUUACUUUAGAAAUGCAGUCAAAAGUUUUGGUGUACAUUGCUGUCGGUAGUGUAGGACUAUUUACGAAUGCUUAUAUGCCAGUAGGUUUUGAAAUGGCCAUGGAAUUAACUUAUCCUUCAUCCGAAGGUACUACAACGGGGUUACUUAUGGCCCCAUCUCAGAUUUUAGGUGUUAUUUUUGCUUUAAUGGUAGGAAAACUUAAUUCCGUGGUAGGUCCUUUCUGGUCACUCGGAAGUCAAGCGAUUUUGUUAGCAGUUGGUACACUAGUGACCUGUUUUGUGCCAAAUAAAUUAAGAAGACAAGAAGCGUUUAAACGUCGUUUAACUGAUGUCUUACCAACGGAAACAAUAAAAUAAUAAGAACAUAUUGUUUUAAAUAUUAAUGUAACUGAUUUG